AGCGGCUAAUGCGACUUUUGGUUGUUGUUGAUGGUGAGCCAAGAUGGACAGCAAGCGGGUGAUGUUUUGCCCGUUUUGUGGGGAACAUAUGAGCCGAUUGACGUGGUUUUGUUUUUCGUGUGGUCGGUCUUUAGAGUGUUUAAAUGGCGCAGAUCAGACCGACAGAGCAGAAACACAGGCGACAUCUCAACCAUCGGUUAAUGCUCAACAGGCAGAAAAAUCGUGUCCAUCAUAUAAGCAUUUCCUGGAGUACAGAAGCUCAAAGUCAAAGGAGCGGCAGUCAUGUAACUACGGGCCGCGUGGAAGACAUCGGGCUAAACAACGAAAUCAUGUCCAGAUAAACAUUGGGUUGAUGAUGCCACAUGGAAAUGAUGGAACUGAUUUAAAACCUGUAAGAGGGAAAAGUCUUCCGUUAUUUGUUGACCCAGAGGUCGAAGCACCUGAUCUUCUGAAACAAGCUGUGAAGAAAAUGAGAACAUUCAAUAAGGACGUGCCAGAAGGACCAUAUGUCCUUUUGUAUCCAGACUGCUCAGAGGUGGUCCAUGUGCCAGGGUCAGAAAAAACGUUCAAACUGGCUGAUUAUAAAAAGGAACUAGGGAGGCCAUACUACAGGAUCAACUUUUUCAUUUGCCUUGAAACACAUUUCAAAGGAGAAGUGGGAGAUACCUCAGACUCUGAUUCUGAAAUUAUCAUCACAUCAAGGAGCACAGCUGAAUUUAAUCAAGCCGACACUGUGGUUUUUGAACCACCAAACCAAAGUACUCCCAAACACAAAACUGAAGAUAAAAGAAAUGCACUAGGACAUUCAACAACAAUUCAGCCUGGACGGAUAGAAAUAUCUGAUGCUGAGGAUAUGGAUCCACCUGAAACUAAUUCAGCUAAGACUUCUUGCUAUGGUAAAUACACGGACCUGUAUGCACCAGGUGUUGAGGAAGAUGACGAGGAGCUGGUUAGAGUCACUGAGGAAAUUUCCCAGCACACAGCAAGGGAGGAGAUGAACAUAACACUACCUGACGUUGUGGCAAAUCUGUCACUUCCUAUUGAUCACAAAAAUGUCUGCAGAUUCAACAUCUCAAGGGCUAAUGUUUGGGAUGGAGCAGUCAGAGGUUUCAAGCGUACAACAUAUUCUGAAACCUAUGACAUGCUUGUCAGAUUUACUGAUGAUGCUGGUGUCUUUGAGGAGGGAAUUGAUACAGGUGGUCCAAGAAGAGAAUUUUUAACUCUGCCAAUGAAACACCUGAAAGACCGGCCCAUUUUUGAUGGACCAGAAGGACAUCGGUUCUUGGUCUACAAUGCAAAUGCUGUUAGGGAGGAUGAAUACUUCAUGGCAGGAAAGAUGAUCGCAGUAUCAAUUGUACAUGGAGGUCCAGGACCCCCUUUCCUGUCUGAAGAUCUUGUACAUUACCUUGCUGGCCAGCCUUUGUUCAAAGCUGCAGUUAGUUUAAUAACUGAUGAAGAAAUAGGGAAAGCUUUGCGAGAGAUUGAGAAUGCUACUUCAUUGGAUGCUCUGCAGGAAUGUAUCCUGAGACACAGCACAAUGUUACAAACAGCAGGCUGUCUGAGACAUGUGGCUGCUCUGGGAGAGAAGAAAGAAGUUGUGGCAGACUACCUCAGAUGGUAUAUUAUUGACCGCAACUCAUCUGUAAUUGACAGAUUCAAAGAUGGUCUUACUACCCUUCAGUUUCUUAAUGCACUACAACAACACACUUCUUUGCUGUCCCCUGUCCUGUGCCACACUGCAAAGCCACUCACUGGCUUGGAACUUGAGAGACUCUUCAAACCUAACCUCAGCCCUUCAGGGAGUAACAGGAGACUAAAAGAAAGUCAAACUUUGGCCUACUGGGCAGACUACCUCCUUGAUUGUGAAGGUUUGUAUGUUUUUUGUAACUACCUGAAACACCACAUUACCAUGGUCUAUCUGAACAUUUUUUUCUUUACAGAAGGCAAGGCCUCUGUGUCUGUGGAGGAUGUUUUGAUGUUUGCAACUGGGCUGACAUCACUUCCCCCUUCUGGUUUGGAACCACUGCCUCAAAUACAGUUCCUGGAUGACUCUCCAUUCCCGAUGGCAAAUACAUGUUCAAAGUUGCUAAAAUUACCACUCCUUGAUUCAUACAGUAUGUUUAAGUCACAAAUGGACUUUGGAAUUGAAAAUAGUCCAGGAUUUGGCUGUUUUUAAACCACAUGACUAGAUGACCUCUGGAGCAGUGUUUCUCAAACUUCUCACAUCAAGUACCACCUCGUAACACAUUUGACAAGCAAAGUACCACCUCAUUAAAUAUAUGACCUUCCAAGUACUACCAGGACUAAAUCUGGAGAAAACCAGGUCCAAAAGGAAUCUUAAUUAACGCUAAACUGGUCUGAAUUUUGUCUGAAGUAGGUGUAAACUAUGUCUGAACCAGAAAAGUGCCUAACUUAAACACAUUACUAAACCAAACUAAAUUAUCUCUAAUUAAAAUGAAUAAAGUAGAUGCAGAUGACCCUGAGUACCACCAGCAGCACACAUACCACCGUUUGAGAAACACUGCUCUAGAGCUCAGACUUUAGACAUGUUUUGUUCUAAACUUGCUGUUGUUGGUGCACUUAAAGGUGCGGUUAGAUCUCAAUCGUUUUAGAUCCAUUAUUUUUAAACUGUGGUCUGUUUAUGAAUCACUGUUAUGUAUUCAGAUUAAUUUUAGAAUGAGAGGAGGAUUUCAGGAGAUUUUGUUCUAGAAAAAAAUGUUAAAAUGUAGUAACAGGGUAUUACUUUGCUUUAUUUUUUUAUUCAUAUAUUUUCCGCUUUGAAUUAAUGAAGCCGUGACAAAUUCAGACACGUUUGUGUACAUGUUCUACCAUUCCAAUAAACUUAUCUUCUUUCAUA